ACAGAGCUGCUAUCAGAAUAGUGUGUUCCUGGAAAGUGUGUGGAUCUUUAUUUAAUUUGGGGCUUUCUAUCCUAGUACUUUUAUUUAGAUUGGACAGAUAAGAUGGGUUCUUGUUGAAAGCGAUGACGGCCGGAUCGAUUUUUUUAAUCUAAAUCUUAAAAACGCUACGAUUCCUCCUGUCCGGUUGUUAUGGAGCAGCCACCUGGCAGCUUAGAUGAUCUACAACCUCAAGACCUCUCCAUCUCCAGCCUCCCCACUGUGAUCGACCUGACAAGGAAAAGUGAGGAAUGUGUCCUCAACGCCACGUCUCUCGAUGCCGUUAGAAUGGUCAAGAGCCCCGGCUGGUACCCGAACUCUGCGACCAGCAGCACUGGAUUACCCUUCUCAGAAACUGGCUCGUCAAACAUCCAAUCAGGGGAUCAAAUUCAACCAGACAAUGCCUUCUCCCACACUACAGUCACCCUCUCCUACGUGAGCAGGUCUCAUGUGUUUACCGCUCAUGAGUCUUUGUCCGGACAUUCGCCUUUGUAUGGCGUACAGUCUAUUAGCAAGUUCUCCCUACACCCUCCACCUAGUGACUCAGAAAAAGGGCUUGGGGAGACUGACUAUGCACUGAACCAGCAUUAUUUAGAACAUGUGGACAGGCCUAUGGACCUUGCUACUCAGACGGAACUUUUUCAGUCGUUGUCUCAGGCUCAGGUGGGACCAGAGGACAAUGGACAGAACCUUAAAGAGUUCAAUGGUGCAGAUGUGGAAGAGCACCUGGGAGAUGAUGAGGCUCAUAACCUUGAUAGUUUACAGAACGGCCAAGGUGACAGCUGGUCAAGUUCAGAAAUGUGUGCUGAAUCCCCACCAGAGACCCCCAACGCUGACACAAAGGAAAAUACAGAAAGUGAGAAUUCUGACGUGCUCUUUCUCAUGUCUACAAAGCAGGAUGCAUUGGUUAUCCCUCGUAAUGAGGGUUCUAGAGACAUUUGUUUACUAGGCAGGGAGUUUAUCAGUCCUCUGGAGGACCCUGUGUCCCCCUCUGCUACCUCACUGGAUGACGUGGAGGAUGUGUUCAUCCUGCCACAGGCCUCCAGUUCUCCCAGCGCCGACAACUCUUUUCUAGACACAGCUGAUGAGGGCGAUGGCCUGAGGACACAAGAGGCCACUGAGCCAAACUCUACAACUGGGGAUAGUACUCCAGUGUUGCAUUCAAGUGACAGAAAUAAGCAUAGACGGAAAGCGGUGUUGGAGCCACUCAUUGACUUGACAGAGGAUGCUUGUAUGUCUGAUGUCUUGGAGGAAAAUCUCAAGAAAACAAUUCAUGUAAAUGGGAAUGCAAGGGCACUACAGAGGACUUUAAAAGAAAAAAGACUGCCAGUGCGCUCUGGCAGAGGGACACGAUUAGACGCUAUUGUUAUGAACAUUAACUCCAGCCGGUAUAAAGUGUCAGGAUGUAUACGAACCAAUAAGAAAUCUUCCCAAACUACAACUAGUGAUUCUACCACAAAAAGUCCACAGAAAAACAGCACCCUGACUCAAGGAAAACGGAAGAUCACAGCAAAAGCAUCUUUCUCAGAGAAAAAGGUAAAACAAAAAACCAGGCUGAAAAGGGGCCAAACUAAUAAUCUUAACACUGACAGCUGCAAAGACUCUACCUCUGAUUCUGAAAUCAUUAAUAAUUCUCCAAGGUCUACAAAACAGCUGAGCCCACAGCAGUCAAAGAAAAAACCUGAGGAUGCUUCACAGCAGGGACGCUCUCCACAGACAGCCCCUAUUAGAUUAAAAAGGAAAUGCACAUCAGAAUCAGGUCUUCAGUUUGGGGUUCAUGAAAACUCCAAGAAACUAGAAAAUUCCCCUCGUGCAGAAAAUUCACUUGAAGUUCAUGUGACAAGAAUUUCCCCUUCAAAAUCUCCAAAGAAAAGCCAAGGCACAGCCAAAGGCAAGGUGACAAGGAGGAAAGCAUCUCCUGCUGCCAAGACAAAGGCAGCUCGGACCCCCAAGAGAAGUAGAAAGAAGCUCAAACGUGGACAGUCUUCAUUUAUGUUUUCUCCGAAGGAGCCUGAGAUCAAGUUGAAGUAUGUGAACUACAAAGAAGAGAGAAGGGAAACAAGGUUUGACACCUUCUCACCGUUCAUCCGUGUAGAGAGUAAAGAGUCAUCGCCAUCACUGUGCACUAUCAUCAACUACCCUGAAGAGGUGAGAACGCAGCACAAGAAGGGCCACCAGCAGCAGGGUCACUCCAGUGGCUUUGUUUCGGCAGUUGUUCCCAGCACUUCCUGUCUGCAGCUGGGCCGACCAUCCACGCACAGUCAACACCAGCGCUUGCUUGUCUGCUGCUUGUGUGGACUGUCAGCCAAUGCCAUGGACCUGGGGGACCUCCACGGCCCCUAUUACCCUGAAGGGUACCAGCCAAGCACCAAAACACCAGCCAGCACAUCAGGACUCAAAGAAGAUGAGGAUGAUGACUACAGUGAUUCAGACUCCUCAUCUUGCAGUAUCCGAGGUAGGAGGAGGAAGUGUGCCGUCCCACCAGCUCCGUGGUCUCUCAGGCAAGGAACCCAGCUGAAGCCGAAAGACCGCCUCGAAAGCCGCCAGUGGACUGACGGCACUGGCAGCCCUGCGGCAAAGCGGGCGCGCUCAGACACCAACUGUACAGAUGUAGAAGACUGGUACAGCCCACCUUUGCUGCCUUUGGAGCCCUGCGAGUACUGGCUCCACGAAGACUGUGGCAUCUGGUCGGCAGGAGUGUUCCUCGUGAAGGGCAAAGUCUACGGGCUGGAGGAGGCUGUCAAAGUGGCCCAGGAGACGAUGUGCUCGGCCUGCCGUGAACCAGGCGCCACACUGGGCUGCUUCUUUAAAGGCUGUCCCAACAAGUACCACUACAGGUGUGCUCUGGAGUCAGACUGCGUCCUCAUUGAAGAAAAUUUCUCCAUGAAGUGUAAAAAGCACAAGAACAAGACAUUCAAAGCCCCUCCAGGCAGCAGAUGGGUUGACAGGUGACACCGCCAACCGAAACCUCACAUGAUAUCAACAUCCUGCAGGGGCUCUCCUUCCCUUCCCACUGGUAACCAUGGCGACCGUGGACCAGGGAUCUUCUGACUGACAGCUAGCACCCGUAAACCUUAACUUCACUCUCUGCUCUUCAGCUGCACUGUUAACCCUAGGACAGUGACUCCGGGAGGGCGGAGUCACCGAACUUCGCCGGUACUAUGAACGCCAUUCACACCACCGGAUUUCACUUAAAGCGACAUGCUGAAUUUGUGUUAUCACUUUGUAGUUAUUUAUAAGGAAUUUGUUUUUCUGGAUAAAGAAAAAAAAUA